CUGUCCGGAUACAAGAUGGAUUCGUAUCCGAACAUGGCGCCGCCGCUGCCACCGCGGCCGGUCGAGAUGCUGCGCAACGCUGAGGUCGUGCUCUACCCAGCGCCGUCCUUGCCGCCAUCCAGCCUGCUCACGGCGCUGCAGCAGGAAGGUCGACCGGCGGUCGUCGUCGGCGUGCUCGGAGCCGACCCCGACGCCACGGCCCGCUUUGCCAAUCGGCUCCUCGGUCGCUACGUCUUUACCGACACCAGCGACUACGAUGCACAGGCGACGAAAGCCCAUGGCAUCGACGUGCGCUUCUACUAUGACCAUGAGCGCCACCUCGCCGUCAUGCUCGGCUUGUAUCACUACCCACAUGGCCAGCCGCGGGCCAGCGUUGACGUCGAUCGUGCCAAGCUGCACCUUCUCUUCUUCACCAGCUGCCACGUCUUGUACAUGGUCAAGGACGAAGCACGCGUGAGCACGAGCCAGACGCGCUUGUACCGGACGCUAUCGCAGGCCAAGCACCAGCUUCUCCAGCUUCUGAGGGCCCACGCCAAGCAGGCCCACAAGACGACGCAUGCUCCGCUCUCGACGUCGGCGUAUGCGCCCGGUCGGCUCGUGCCCAUCCUUGCGUACGUCUUUCCAUUGCCGCCCGAGCUAGCUGUCCGCUCCAACAAAGGUCGGGCCGCGAUGAUGACGUUCUGCAAGGCCAUGGAGGCCCGCGUGACGGCGACGAUCAAGCCACUGCGCAACCACGUGGUUGGAAGCGUUCGCCUCAAAGACGUGCCGGGGCAAGCUGCCGGGAAGGAGCGGCGUCUCUUUCUUCUCGACCCAUCGCACACGGUCGUCGCUGUCGCACGCAAGGUUGCGACCAGCGACUGCAACCUGCUCGACCGCAUGGCGGCGGUGCUGGACCUCGCCGAAGAUGCAAGCCUUCCGCGUAAGCAGCUCUUGCAGCCGCUCGAUGACGAAGAUGCGAUUGGUGUGCCGCACGCGAUCCAGUACAUUUCCAAGGCCCUCGAUACCUUCGUGCACGAGCUAGACAGCUACGACGACGGCGUCUUGGCCCUCGGCGCGUGGCUGCACCACGUGCAGCUGCUUCUACAAUGGAUCGUAGUCGAGAACGCGCUCUUUGCCUCGCCGCAUGUCGAUGCUGCCGCCGACGACGACGCACCCAAGGAGGCGGCGCUGUCGCUCUACGAGUCGCUUAACAUCACGGGAACCUUUGCCUACGACCUGUGUGCGCGGGAGUAUGGGCCCGCGAUGAAGCGCUACAUGGCCGAGCGUCCCGACGCAUGCAACAGCACCGUACAUGCCGCCCGCGUCGAGAGAACGCAGGCCGACUUUACGCGCUGCGUUGGUCGCACCAACCCAUUUGCAAGCGAGUUUGCCAACAAGAUCCGAGACGCGUGCGACGGUCUAUGGCGUUCGAAUGGCCGGCGGCUCUGCGACGCGAUAAGCAUCGCGAACCAACCGUGCACGGUCGCACUGCGCCACGACGACGAGGACGACGACCAUGCGCACACGAGCGGCAUGUUCCUGCAGGUGGCGUGCCACUGCGGUCUCUCGCCGCACCGGAUGCCCGAUGCCUUCUCGGCCAGCAGCAAUGCUGACCCGCGCUGGCGCCUCCCGUGUUGCCGUCGCCACACGCUGUUGCACGCAGCGUCGGGCGCGAGUUUGAUGGACAUGGGCGACAGCCAUCUGUACGAUCCGGUCGAAGGGUUUGCCGGCACAAUGAACGGCUUUGUGCCAAAGUUCAGCUGCCUCUCGCCGUGGUACCGAGAAGCCUCGGCGCGCCGCUCGAAAAAGGCGAUGAAACCAGCGACGAACGAGGAGCAGCUCGUCGCCUAUGCUGGCAUGGAGUACGAGUGCGCGAUGGGCCACCGCUUCUUCUUUACAACGUCCGCGGCGUCGCUCCACGACACGGUUUGGCCCGGCUGCGACAUGGCCGUGUACGUGCAGUGCUUUCAGUGUGCGUUGGGGAGUGCCAAGCCAAUCGAGCAUGCGCAGCUGCGCCGCGUGUACGUCGUCUCCGGCCUCGCACGCGUGCUGAGCUUGCAUUUGACCAUCAAGAUGGACGAGACGGAGCAAGUGAUCUUUGGCUUUGAGUACGCGUCGCUGCCAAGUGGCCGGACGCUGUGCUGCACGCUGCCGUAUGUGUUUACGGCGGGGGACGCGGGCCCGCUGCGCCACGGAGCGAAUCUCAAGCUCCACAGCCAAGUGCUCUCGUUGAUGCUACCAUAGUCAGCCAUUGUAUGCGACAUUUUAGUCAUUUCUUAGUCGAA